CCAAUAGCAGCACUGUUAGGACGUUUCAAGGCCGAUUUAGGCGCAACGCCACUCUGCGUAAAAAGGUGAUAGAUUUACUUAAUAAAGAACAUGAAAUAUUGCACAAACUUGAAGAACCUAAUGCGGACAUGAAAGUUGACAACGAAGAAGAUGAGAUCGUUAAUCCACUGGAAACAACGAAGUUUUUCCACUGGAAACAACGAAGGUGCAAGUUUAACUGUGUUGCAGCAAAUACGUUACAAGGCAAUUAGAGAGAAUAAGCAACAAACGGAAAUUCUAAUGCAGCUACGUUGUCACAAGCACAAAUAUGAAUAGUGAAACAAUAUUGAAUAACAUUUUGUACGAACGGACAAGGCCUUGUAGUCUAGAUGCUAAGUGUGCUAUUGCCAAGCUGUACUUAGAUGCAAAUGCUGUUAAAAGCGAUGAUGAUAUGAUAUCUAAUGUGGUUCGUGCAUGCGACAAAAAUGCAUAUGUUAAAGCAAGUGUCAUUAAAGGGACUUCGGAAUAUUUGCAAAGAAUGGCGGAUAGUGUGAAGCAAGAAGAACCUUUAAAUACAUUACAUGGAAAUCAAACAAAUGAUAAUUCAUUACUUGUUCAGUUAAUAUUUGAAGUUCGUCAAAUGAGAACAGAAAUGGUUGAGGUCAAGGAAGAAUUAAAACUUUUACGAACUAGAUAUGAAGUCACAUUAGCUCGUGAACAAAACGACGUCGAUUGCGAAGUCAUAAAGAAUUCUCACAAUAAACCAACAGAAAAUACAAACAAUGAAAAUGAGUAAUGUUAUUAUUACGAAAAUUCCCCUCAAUAUGUUUACCUUUCUGAAGUUGGUGAAACACAAAACAUUGAUGGUCAGGAUGGAGCUAUUUUGCCUGUGAAUUAUCAAUGAUUUUACAUUUGAUAUUUAAAAUAAAACAUUUUCAUUUGUGUAAGUGUCUUUGCCCUUGGUAAAAAUAAAGUGUUAGUUUAUCAGAAAUUAUUUUAUUGUUGUCAUUUUUUAAAUUCGCCAUGACAGGUUCUAUGAUUUGCCAUAGAAUCGACUUAGAUCACUAACUUUUUGGUAUGUCUGUUCAGUUCUUGAAAUUACCCUGAUGUUUAACAUGUAAUGUUCAAGCUGUA